AUGGCUUCUAACAGUAACGAUAAUCAUCGUGUUACAAGUAGAAAUGUAUCAAGCCAAUUUUUGAUUCCAACAACAUCAAAUACACCACCAUCUUAUACAUCGUAUUCAUCUACGUUUAUGAAUGAUAGUCCACGACGAAGUCCUCGUUUAUCAUCAAGAUCGCCUCAAGUUACUCCAAAAUUAUCGAAUCAAUCAAUUAUUCAUCGAGUUGUUUCUGGUGGUGUGACGAAUAGUCGCUCACCAAAAAUGAAUAUUCGAAAAAAAAGUUCUACAAGUAGUCGACGUGAUGAUUAUUCAAAUAUUGCUUCAAGAAUUAUAUUGAACGAUGAUGUUAAUAUGUCCAAUCCAAAUGAUAAUAAUAUUGUUUGGAAUUUCAAUCUACCAGCUGAUCAAUCAGAUGAUGAAGAAGUUGGACUUAGUAACAAUACUAAUACAAUUGUUUCACCAACAGCACCACGACCAUUAACUCGAGCAGAAGUUUUAUCAUAUUUCGAACAACAAUCUGAUGGAUAUAAAUGUAAACUUUGUGAAAAAGUUUAUAAAGCAGCAAAAAACAGUGAUUCUAAUCUUCGAAAACAUUUAUCAUCAUCUCAUCAAAUUUCAAAUGUACUAUAUAAAUCUCAAAUCAAUGGUCAUUCAAAAUCUAUUUCAACAACAAUAUCAUCUGAUCGAAAAGAUGAAUUACAUAAUGCAGCUAUUAAUUGUGUAAUUGAAGAUGGUCUUCCAUUUGAUACAUUUGGACGACCAGGCAUGUCUAAAUUUUUAUCAACUGCUGUACCUGGUUACGUGGGUCCAAAUCGUAAGACUGUUCGUAAACAAAUAGCAACAUCAUAUUCUUUAUAUACGAAAAAACUUCGUGCUUUGAUGCCUAAACUUGAUUUUAUUGCACUUACUUCGGACUUAUGGAAAAGCUCCAACCAAGUUCAUUUUAUUUCAUUAACUGCUCAUACAUUUACUCAUCAUUACGAACAUGUAUCAAUAGUUCUUGGUUUUCGUCGCGUUAUUGGACCACAUUCAUCAACAUUAAUUGAAAAUUAUAUUCAAUAUGAACUUGAUCGACUUGGCAUACAGCCACAACAAAUCAUAAGUAUUACAACUGAUAAUGGCAGCAAUAUGAAAAAAGCUGCAGCAACACUUAGAUUUGGCAAUCCAAUCAGCUGUAUGGCACAUAAUUUAAAUCUAGUUGUUAGUAAAGGUCUUUGUCUUUGGUCUGAACCAAAACAAGAUAAUUUUCCACUUGAAAUUACAUUGGAUUUAGAUGAAUGGCAAGAUAUUGGUGGUGAUUUAGAUUAUUCAAUUGAUACAAUUGAAUAUGAUGAAAGUUCAAUUGAUGCUGCUGCUGAUUUUGUUAGCGAAGAAGAAGAUAAUGUAAACAACGAUGGCGAAACAAAUAUUUCUGGAACAAUCAACAUCGAAACAGAUGGUGAUAAUGAUGAUGAUAUUGAUGUUCAAUUUUCAUCAUUGAUAUUAAAUGAUAAAAAUUCAUCGCCCAUCGAUCACUAUGAACUACUUAAAAAUGUUUUUGAACUAAUGAAAAAAACGAGAUUAAUUGUAAAAUUCAUGCGUAAUCAUAAUAUUACCAAUGAAUAUAUUAAAAAAUAUAUGUUGUCAAAAAAUAAUAAUCGUAAAGUUGGUGGACUUGUUUUGGAUAUGGUAAUUCGUUGGAACAGUUCAUAUUUAUUACUUGAUCGAUUGGAUAAACAUAAAGACGUUGUUCAUAGUAUUUGUGCAUUUCCAAAUAGUAUUAUAGGUUUAACAGAUCAACAAAUCAAACGAUCAAAAGAACUAAUUCUUAAUGAACACGAAUGGGAAUUAAUAUGUUGUUUAAAAAAUGUUUUAGAACCAUUCUUUAAUGCAACAGAAGCUCUUUCAGGUCAAAAUUAUCCUACAAUGGCUUUGUCAUUUUAUGUUUUUCGUCUUUUAUUACAUUAUUUCGAAUCUACUUCUAAGGAUGACAAGAUUACUGCUGCUUUAAAACAAAGUCUUCGAUAUUGGUUUAAUAUUCAAUGUAAAGCAAAAUUACCUGCAGGACAAAUUGAAAUCAUGAUGGUAGCUGCAUUUUUAGAUCCUGCCUUUUACCGAAAAAUGAAUGAUAAUGAUCGUAAAUCAGCUAAAAAAUUGAUUUUCAAAAAAUUAGAUAAAACAAAUAAUAGUCAUCCUACUUCAACGUCAUUAUUAACAUCACCAUCACCACCAACAACAACAACAGGUAAACGAAAUGCACUUGAAAAAUUGGCAGCUGUCUGUGGCUAUACAAUUUCUUUGGCAACAACAACUAAACAGUGUAUGAGUGUAGAUGAAGAAAUUAGCUGUUAUAUUAAGGCAGCACAAACUUCAAAUGAUUUCAAAGAAUUUUGGACUACAAAUAGUAAACAAUUACCACGUUUAGCAAGUCUUGUACGUCGUGUAAAUAUUAUACCAGCUACUUCAAUGAGUAGUGAAGCUCUAUUCAGUGUAGCCAGCUUUCUCCAUCGAAAGCAACGUUCAUCGCUCUCGUCCAGAACACUUCGUUAUCUACUUGUUCUCAAAAAUCGAAAUGUUCUCGAGAAAUUCGAGUAG